CAGACCGCAAGCAUGCCAUCGCUAGAAGCCGAAACGGCUGUUGAUAAUAAUCAACAGUCAAAACCAAUGUCGGGGCCAAUCAUAGGCAUUAUCUAUCCUCCACCGGAGGUUAGAAAUAUUGUCGACAAAACUGCCAGUUUUGUUGCACGCAAUGGUCCCGAGUUUGAGGCACGAAUCCGGCAAAAUGAAUUGGGCAAUCCGAAAUUUAAUUUCUUGAGCUCUGGAGAUCCUUAUCAUGCAUAUUAUAGGCAUAAGGUGAAUGAGUUCAGGGAAGGCAAGGGUAAGUAGCGGUUAUAUUUUUUUAUCUAUGAUACAAAACUAAUUAGUAUGAUUUUUAUUACAGAUGCCUCGGCCCCAAGUGUUUUGACGGGUAUUAAACAAUUAUCGGUAACAAGUGCUGCCCAACAAAAGCAACAAGAAUUAUUGAAACAAGUCGCGGAGCAGCAAUUUGUACCCAAAGAUCCUCCGGCAGAAUUUGAAUUUAUUGCAGAUCCACCAUCAAUAUCUGCAUUGGAUUUGGACAUUGUAAAGUUGACUGCCCAAUUUGUGGCCCGUAAUGGUCGUCAAUUUUUGACCAAUCUCAUGAAUCGUGAACAGCGUAAUUUCCAAUUCGAUUUCUUACGGCCACAACAUUCAUUAUUCCAGUAUUUCACUAAACUCCUUGAACAAUAUACAAAAAUUCUGAUACCUCCCAAAGAUUUAUUGGGUAAGCUACGCGCUGAAAGUGGAAACCAACGUGUCUCUAUGAAUAUCGUGUUGGAGCAGGUGAAAUAUCGUGCCAACUGGCAACGGCAUCAAGAGGCUCAAAAACGUCGUGAAGAGGAAAAGGUGGAAAAGGAGAGAGUUGCAUAUGCUCAAAUUGAUUGGCAUGACUUCGUUGUGGUCGAAACUGUUGAUUAUCAACCAUUCGAGACGGGUAAUUUUCCACCACCCACAACACCCGAAGAAGUUGGUGCUCGUGUCCUCAUGGAGGAACGUUUACAAGAGGAAGAAGGUGACAUUGAAAUGCAAAUUGAAUCCGACGAGGAAGACAGCGAUGAAGAAACUACUGGACCAAGUGCUGUUAAACUCUCACAAAUGGAAAAUCGUACUGGUAUUCACAUGAAGGAAGCAACAUAUCAAAGUCAAGCUUCGAAAAAAGACAAUACACAAGUGCAAGAUAUGGAUGAAGCUUCAAGUGACGAAGAGUCACCAUCAACGGCUAAAAUGCAACCACCUGUUGCACCACUCAUGCCACCGACACACGAUAAAGUUGUUGUCAAGAAAUACGAUCCUAAAGCUUCACAGGCGAAGCCCGUCAAACCAACGCCUACAGAUGAAUUUCUUAUUUCACCAAUUACGGGCGAGAAAAUUCCUGCAUCUAAAGUUGCCGAACAUAUGCGUAUUGGUCUUUUGGAUCCACGCUGGGUAGAACAACGUGACAAACAUACUGUGGAGAAAAUCAAUCAAGAAAAUGUCUAUGCAGCUGGUACAGCCAUUGAGGCUAGUCUUAAACAGUUGGCUGAACGUCGUACCGAUAUUUUCGGUGUGGGUGAUGAGGAAACUGUAAUUGGUAAGAAAUUGGGUGAAGAGGAAACUAAAAAAGAUGAUCGUGUCACUUGGGAUGGUCAUACAUCAAGUGUUGAGGCAGCUACAAGGGCAGCCCGGGCCAACAUUACUUUGGAAGAUCAGAUUCAUCAAAUUCACAAGGUCAAAGGUCUGUUACCCGAUGAGGAGAAAGAGAAGAUCGGUCCCAAACCCGUGGGCAAUAAAUCUGGUGGCCAACAUCAAAACCAAAAUAAAUCUUCACAUGGUCCACCCCAGCAACAACAUCAAUCUCAUCAUCAACAGCAACAUCAAUCGUCCAAUCAACAGUCACACCAACAACAGCAGCAUAAUAUGCCAUCUCAACCCCCAGUUAUGAUGAUGCAAAUGCGUCCACCACCCAUGAUGCCGCCACCAUUCCCAGUACCGGGUUAUAUGGCACCCAUACCAUCUGCCGCCCCACCAAUUACCCCAGCACCAGCUGUCUUAGAUCAAAACAUUAUACCAAUGGCCCAGCCCAUUCCUGUCGAUGAUGAGCCACCAAAUAAGAAAUUACGUUCCGAAGAUAAUUUGGUACCAGAAGCUGAAUUUAUAGCCAUGCACAAGAGUCCCAUUACAAUACAAGUUCAAAUUCCUAACGUUAUUGACAAAUCAGAAUGGAAAUUAAAUGGUCAAACCAUUGCGGUAACCUUGGCCCUCACAGAUGCUGUGACUUUAUUGAAAAGUAAAAUACAAGAGGAGACUGGUAUGCCACCAGCCAAACAGAAAAUUUCUUAUGAGGGUAUGUUCUUUAAGGAUAACAACACAAUGGCUUUCUAUAACCUCCUGAGUGGAGCUACAGUUCAUUUGCAAAUCAAAGAACGUGGUGGACGUAAAAAGUGAACUAUU